UCAAUAAGUUGAAAAAUAAUUUGAUUAGAGAUUCAAUUUGGUAUGAAUCGGAUAUUGUUUUAGAAAAGGUCAAGACUUUUAUUAAUUUAAGUUGGUUGUAAUUGUAGGUAAUUAAAUUUAAAAAAUGUACAAAGUAACUCACUUAUCUGCCAUAAACUCUGUUCGCAAUUGUCAACGAGUUGGUGUAUUAUGCUCUGUUGGUACCCGUUUUCAAUGUAUUAACACUUCAACUAAUGUAUCCAAGCCAAAGUCUCAAUUUAUUGUGUAUUCAAUGGGUACUAUAUUAACUGGUAUUUUUGGUACUGCUGGUGUAGUUUUAUACUCUAAAAAUGAUCCAAAAUUUCGUCAACUUCUAGUUACAAAUAUACCAGGAUCAGAAGAUUUCUUAAAAAUUUUUGAUGAUAAAGAUAUGCUACAGGGAGUUCAAUAUUUGGGUGGUCGUUUGGCAUGCAAAAUUGGACAGCAAAUUAAUGUUUUGAAAAAAACGAUUAUAGGAGAAUCAAAUGAUGUCUUUGAUAAAUCUAUUGAUAAAGUUAAACUAAUUUCUCACAAUGAACCAAUAAGUACAGCUAAAAACUUUAAAGUUAAAGAAAAUAAAACUGAGGCUCAAGAAUUAACUGAGCCCAAUGUUAAGAAUGUUGAAAAUGAACCAAUAUUAAAUAAACCCAUGAUAUCAAAGAAUGAUCCAAUAAUUGUUACUGCGGUCAGCCCUCAAAAUAAGGAGGCAACAUUUACUGUUGCACCUCCAAAAAAUGUUUCAUUAAAUGAAAUAGAAUCGGAUAUUUUGAAAAGUACUACUGAAGGAAUUGAAGCAUAUAAUUUAGCUACCCAAUUACUAAAAGAGUAUAAUGAUUCAAUCUUCAAACUCAUUGAAAAUUCUACUGAAAUAAUAGAUCCUAAUUUAACUGAAAAACUAGAAAAAUUAGAAGAGAAUAACAAUUUAAUAUAUGUAAAAAUGUUAGAUGAUGCAAAGAAACACAAAAAACAAAUAAUUGAAAAACAGAAACUUUUAAAUGAAUCAAAGUUUGAAUCAUCUGAAAAGCUUGCUAAAGUACUACAUACAAUAAAUAGUUCUAUAGAUAAGAUAUCUAAAGCAGAUUCACAUUUAGAGCAUGAAUUACAUAGAUUGGCAUUAAUGAAAAACUAUAAAUCUAAAAUUAGCCAAGGACAAAUUAAUUUAAUUAAAGAAUUUGAAUCACUCUUUCCUAAUUUAGAUAUAACCCAAAACAAAAAUAAUGAUAUGAAUAUUGACUAUGAUUUGUUUCUUUUAUAUGCUAUGAAAAAGUUAAACCAUUUUCAAGAUAUUUUAUCCAAAAAUGAUACUCUCCAUGAUCAAAAAUUAAAUAAAGCCUUGCAUUCUGAAUUGUUUGAUGCAGAUUCUGCUAAUUUAUUAAAUUCACGUUUGAGUGUAGAAGUAGAUAAAUUAGAUAACUAUUUUGAAAAUAAGUUAAAUAAAUUAAAAAUAAAACUUGAUGAAGACUUGCAAAAUCAAUUAAAAUUGCAUACUCAGGCUCAUGCUGAGCUUAUAAUAGAAGCUGUAGAAGAUACUAAAGAACAAAUUGAAAGCAGAGUACGAGACGAGUUGUCAUUCAUAGAAAAGUUAGAGCAAGAGAAAUAUAAAUUACAAUUAGAUAAAUUGAGAUCCGACUUGCAAAAAGUUAUCAAUAAUUUAAAAGAGCGUGCUGAGAGAGAUAAAAAUGUUUUUACACAUUAUGCUAUGUGGGAAGUUAGCGAAUUAAUCAAAUCAUCAUUAAAUAGUUGUGAUAGUAAUGAACCAGUUCAUUUAAAAAACAAAAUUAAAGAUAUUAAAAUAUCUGGAGUCACAGAUCAAAUGGUAAAUAAAGUUUUUGAUGAAAUCCCACCCAAGGCUCUUGAAAAUGGUGUACUCACAAAAGGUCAACUUAAAGAAGAUUUUAAGCAAGUUGAAAAAAGAGUAUAUCAAACAGCUUUAAUUCCUGACGAUACUUUCAAUUUACCAUUGAUGGCUUUUAGUUAUUUCAUUAGUUUAUUUGUUGUACAUCAUUCUCAUAUAUCAGCCUCAGAAGUAAACAAUGAAGAAUUUGAUCCAUCAGAAUUAAAUACAUAUGAAAUUAUUGAAAGAGCUAGGUAUUGUAUUGAUAGAGAUGAUUUCUUACAAACAAUACGAUAUUUAAAUUUACUAACUGGAUGUUCUCGGGUAGUUGCUAAAUUAUGGAUGCAAGAAGCUACUUUAUUUUUGGAAACAAAACAAGCCUUUGAUUUAUUAACAUCUUACGCUGCAGCAACAACUACACCUGUUCAUAGUACUUAAUUGUUUUAUUUUCAUUUGUGUAUAUUUUUAUUUUGGGUAUCUUGUAGAGCUGUUAUUUAUAUUUUGUUACCUGAAUUCAUAAUUUGUAUGUACUGCAUAAAAUCAAUGAAAAAAUUAUAUACAUUACAAUUACUGAGUAAUUGAAUUAUA